CGUCACACAGUGAAUCAGGAAAUUUUAGCCCAGUCACCGCAACAGUCUCAAUGACGACUGAACGAGAGGGACCCUCAACAGCACACUCUUCCUUCACUUCUGCUCCAGAGACAACCGCAUCAUCUCAUCACCACACGAGUCAGACCGUGGAGACCAGCAGACAAUCUCAAUCUGGUACUGUCUCACUAGGAAUCACAUCAACUCCGUCUUCUUCCCUUAGUGGACACACUCCUACAGACCACAUUUCCCAGGACACAGCCACCUCUGGGACAGCAAGCACUCCAUCUCCUUCUAGUGUCAGCCGUAAGCCUUCCACAUCAUCAGAAAUGCCCACGUCCUCAGCCUCCACAGCUGACAUUUCAUCCUCUUCCAUUGCAAGCAACACACAUUCGGUAUCAUCAGAGGUCCCUACAACACCAAUUAGAAGAGACACUCCAGGGAGAAACACAAAAAACAUGUCACACACUGAAACGGGAAGUUUUGGCCCAGUCACCGCAAUAGUCUCAAUGAUCACUGAUCUCGAGGGACCCUCAACAGCACACCUUUCCUUCACUUCUGCUCCAGAGAUAAUGGCAUCAUCUCAGUACCACACGAGUCAGACCAUGGAGACCAACAGACAAUCUCAAACCAGCCCUAUCUUACCAGGAAUCACAUCAACUUCCUCUUCCCCUCUAAGUGGACACACUCCUACAGAGGAUAUUUCCCAGGACCCAGCCACCUUGGGGACAGCAAACACUUCAUUGCCUUCCGAUAAGAGCAACGAAACUUCACCUCAGUCAGAAGCCCUUGGCUUUGCCGUCACCUGGAGCUCCGCCACCCUAUUCUCAGGUCACUCCUCUCCUCUGUCUAUUACCAGCAGUUUCCCACCAUCCACAGCAUCCUCAAUGUCCACUGUGAAGACUCAGACAUCAGGAACAAUCACAACCUCACAGAGGAUAGGCAGCCAGAGAAGGACAACACCAUCAGUACCCUCAACAACCUCCCAGACCCAUACAACCUUCUCUCCUAGACCGUCCAUAGGCACACACUCAACAGCUGCUCCGAUCCCCAUCAAGCCCGAGAAUGGUGUUUCCCUCUUCCCCUACGGGUCAAGUGUCGGAGACCGGGAGUUUUUCAAGAAGACCGUGGACUUCACUUCCCCACUCUUCAAGCCCCAGAUUGGCUUCCCUCUUGGCUCCUCUCUCCGGGACUAUCUAUAUUUCACAGAUAAUGGCCAGGUCAUUUUCCCGAAGUCAGAGUAUCAGAUUUUCUCCUACCCCAAUCCCCCCCUUAGAGGCUUCACAGGCUGGGACCCUGUGGCCAUGGUGGCUCCAUUCUGGGAUGAUGCUGAUUUUUCCAGUGGCCAGGGAACCGUAUUUUACCAGGAAUAUGAGACACUCUAUAAUGAAUACAACGCGCUCGUCUGGCAGGUGGAGUCUUGGAUUAAAGAGUUCACACACACCUGGAACUAUAAAGCCAUGUGGACCUUAAAGGUCACGUGGGUCAAUGCCCCUGCUUAUCCUGCCCGGUGGACCUUCGGGACCAACACUUACCAGGCCAUCCUCUCCACGGAUGGGAGCAGGUCCUAUGCCCUGUUUCUUUACCAAAGUGGUGGUAUGCAGUGGGACGUGACCCAGCGCCCAGGCAACCCAGUCCUCAUGGGCUUCUCCAGUGGAGAUGGGCAUUUUGAAAACAGCCCACUGACAUCCCAGCCAAUGUGGCAGAAGUAUCUACCAGACCAAUUCCUGAAUUCCAACUCAGGCCUCCGGGGCCUGCAGGUCUACAGCCUGCACAGGGAGGAAAGGCCCAACUACCGUCUCAGGUGCCUGCAGUGGUUGCACAGACAGCCUCAGGGGCCCACAUGGGGCUGGAACCAGAUCUCCUGCCCUUGCUCCUGGCAGCAGGGACUAUGGGACUCACGCUUCCAACCCAUCAGCAUGGGCUGGCGGGGCCUCGGCAGCAGGCAGCUGUGCAGCUUCUCUUCCUGGCGCGGGGGCGCGUGCUGCAGCUACGGGCCUUGGGGCGAGCUUCUCCAAGGCUGGAGAGUGCCCGCUCCUUGGCAGUUUGAUGAGGACCUGGAGCCGCAGAACUGGUGCUGCCGCUGGAACGACAAGCCGUCCUUCUGCGCCCUGUACCAGCAAAGGCGGCCGCGCAUCGUCUGUGCCGGGUACCGGCCCCCUCGGCCCGCCUGGAUGUUUGGGGACCCCCACAUCACCACCUUGGAUGGUGCCAAUUUCACCUUCAAUGGGCUGGGGGACUUCCAGCUGGUCCGGGCCUGGGAUGGAAACUCCUCGUUUCUGCUGCAGGGCCGCACCGCCCAGACCGGAUCGGCCCAGGCCACCAACUUCAUUGCCUUUGCAGCCAAAUAUGACACCAACAGCCUGAGCCCCAUCAUAGUCCGAUGGCUCCUUGAGCCCAAUGACAUAAUCCAUGUGCAAGUCAAUAACCAGACUGUGGCAUUUGAGACUAACCGUGAAGACCCAGAAGGCCGGGAGAUAUUCAACACCACUGGCAUCAUAAUGACCCGCAAUGGCUCCCUGGUGUCAGCCACCUUCGAUGGGACUGUGACCAUCUCAGUGAUUGCCCUCUCCAACAUCCUCCAUGCCUCCUGCGGCCUCCCAGAGGAGUAUCGAAACCACACAGAAGGCCUCCUGGGAGUCUGGAAUGACAAUCCGGAUGACGACUUCAGGAUGCCCAAUGGCUCCGCCAUUCCCAGCAAUAGCACCGAGGAGUUGCUUUUCCAAUACGGAAUGACCUGGGAAAUCAAUGACACAAGACUCCUUGGCAAGAGAGAUGGCCAUCUGCCUGCCAACUUCACCCCUAUCUUCCUUUCCCAACUGAAAAACAAAACCUGGGAUGAAGAGCUGGUGGCCGAGUGUAAUGGAGACAUGCAGUGCCUCUAUGACAGCUCCGUCACAGGAAACGCAAGCACCGGCCAGAGCACUAAGAUGCUUCUCCGCAGCUACCAGCGGCUGAACGCCACCCUCAAUAAGUACCCACCCUCUAUCAAGGGUCAGUGUGUGGUGGAAGCCUACGUGGGGCAGACCAAGUGGAUUCAGUACAGCAGCCACUCGGAGAAGGUCACAUUCGCUCUGAAGCGCAGCAGUGCUGACUUCAGGCUGUUUGAGAAUGGGACAUUGCUAUGGACACCAAAGUCGUUGGAACCAUUCACUCUGGAGAUUCUAGCAAGAAACGUCGAAGACAAUUUGUCAUCUGUACUCCAGCCAAAGACAGUGGUCUGUGCUUGCAAGGAAGAGAGCCAGUGUUUAUACAAUCAGACCAGCCGGGUGGGCAAUUCCUCCCUGGAGGUGGCCGACUGCAAGUGUGACGGGAACAACUUUGGCCGCCACUGUGAAAGCUCCAAGAACCCCUGUGAUGAGCCGUGCUUCGGGAAUGUGCAGUGCUUUCCUGGGAAGGGCUGCGGGGCCUGCCCCCCAAACCUGACGGGGGAUGGGCGUCACUGUGCACCCCUGGAGCCCUCUCUCCCCUGUCAGAACCGGUCUUGCCCUGUGAAUUACUGCUACAACCAGGGCCACUGCUACAUGUCCCAGGCGCUGGGCUGCCAGCUGGCCUGCACCUGCCCCCCAGCCUUCACCGACACCCGCUGCUUCGUGGCUGGGAACAACUUCACUCCAAUCCUCCUUCAAGAGCUUCCUGUAAGAAGCAUCCAGCUCUGGCUCAGUGAAGAAGAAAAUGCCUCCGUGACAGAUGUCAAUGCCUCGGUGGCCUACAGACUGCAAAACCUGAACGUGCGGGCCUUUCUCCGGAACAGCCUAGUGACACAAAGUGAUUCUGGGAGAACGCUGGCCUCCGGAAGUUUACUUAGGCGCUGGAAGGUCAUCUCGGAGUUCCAGUACCUCCCUCGCGGUCCUGUCAUCGACUUCCUGAACACCCAGCUGCUGGAUGCAGUGGUGGAAGCGUUCUUACCCCAGGCCUCAUGGAGGCGGUGGAACGGAAUCGAGGGGCCCAGGACCAACGUGAACUUCCACUCCAUCUCCAGGGAAGACGUGGCCAGUUUGUCAGCUUUGAACGCGAGCGUGCUGGGGAAUUACUUCAACUGCAGCAGCUACAAGGACUACCGCCUGGUCUACAGCCCCCAGAGCGGCUUCACCUGUGUGUCCCCGUGUGCCGAGGGCUACUGUCAGCACGGAGGCCGGUGCCAGCACCUGCCCCAGGGGCCCCGCUGCAGCUGUGAGCCCUUCUCCAUCUACGCGCCCUGGGGCGAGCGCUGUGAGCACCUGGGCAUGAAGCUCGGCGCCUUCUUCGGAAUCCUCUUUGGAGCCCUGGGCUUCCUCCUGCUGCUGGGGGCCGCGGGGUUCGUGGUCCUGCGCUUCUGGUGCUACUCCGGGAACCACUACUCCUACCCCCUGGACUCAGAAAGCUGAGGCCUGGCCCCGACGGGGCAGCUGUGGCCUAGGAUACCUCAGGACCCACCCCAGCCUCACCCACACACCUGCCCGAGGCGCCGUUCCCUUGAGGAGACUGGGGAAAAGAAGGUGCUUGAAGGCGACUCAGGAUUCUUCAAGGCAAUGAAUCAUAAUAAAAUCCGUAGACACAGAGACAGACAGGAAGGGGCCAUAAAGACCACCUACUUAACGGAUGGAUUCUCUCACAAAUGUACCCACAAGAAGGACAC